AUGGCGGAAGACACGCCCAUCAACCCAACACCCGCCAUGAUGAACCCAGUGGCGGACAAGAAGAAGAAGAAGAAGAAGAAGAAGAAGAGUAAGAGGCAGACCCUGGUACCAGGCCUCCACAGCUCAUUGUUCAUCCAUUCGUCUGAUGUGACCUGGGCGGAACAGGGUAUGAUGGCUACCCAGCCAGUGCCCGAGUCCGAGGGGUCUGCAGUCCAGACCAUUUGUCUGCCUGUCGAGGGCGCCUCUCGCUCGGAUAUGACAGCGGUCCGAAGCGAGGAGGAGGCUGCAGAGCAGCAUUCAGAGUCUGUCCCGACGUUGGCAACACUGGAGAGAGAAAAUCAGCAGACGCCCUCGUUAGAGGAGCACGAUACUUCGCAGUCUCCCGCCGAAGGUGUUGGCCAGCAGCGCAAACAAGCCCCAGCUCGCCGAUAUCCACUUCGACCAGAGGCCCCCGUCUUCAUUCCCUCUGCGAGCAGACUCUCUGGCUUCCCUGGCUCUUAUAGCUCGGCCUUGAAUCCUGCUGCUGCUUCUUACGUGCCCUCCUCUAGACUAUCUACUGCUGCUCCUCGCCCCGACAACCCUCGCGUUGCUGGGAUUCGUGGCGUCGCCAACUCUUCUCCUCCUGCGCAGCACUCCCGAGCCUCACCUAAUGGUUUUCAACCUUCUCAACGCUCUGCCACCCUUCUUCCAUCCAAAAUCUCUCUUUCCAAGCUUUCUCUCGCUUCGCACUCUUCCCCCCUCUCCCCACCGCGGUCUGUAGGCCCUCUGCUGGAGCACUGUCUUCGAUACUCGUUUGUGCAUAGGAGCAUCCCAUCGCUAGGGAGCACUGUCUACUAUUCGCUACCUACUUCGUUAAUAUCGACUCCUGCUUCGCGCUUUCAGAAUCCUCCUUGA